AUGGGUUUGAUUGAGAAGCUUCAAGCCAGACUUGAGCUCUACCGCCUCGAGCAGCGCUACACACGCCGCGAAAAGCGCACCACCUUCUUCAGCGAUGCCCAGUACGUCGAUGGCGAGUACGUCUACGCGUCGAGCCCCACGUCAACCAAGACCUCGUCUUCUACCAGCAGCAAACGACUCAGCAAGGGCCCUGCCGUCCGCAUAAGAGAGUUUGCACGCGCUGGCACCGGCCGUUCGUAG